ACCCGAUCCCAAUUUCUCUCCCUGACAUCCUCAAAAUCCACCUCUCUCUCUCUCUCUUCCUCUCUUUCUCUCUCUCUGGACCCUAGCUGGAGGAGGGAGAGGAGAGGAGAAGAGGCCAGAGCGGUGAAAAAGGCUUCCCGGAGGUGUCAGGGGCCAAAGUUUUCCGAGAUGGAUUUCCACACCGGAAACCGCGUUGGUACUUCUCGUCAGAAGGGUACGGAUGCAGUCUCAUCUCUAGGGGAGGAGAUCUCCUUCCUUCUCUCCCGAUGGAACGGCCUCCAAAUGGCAGUCCAGAACCAGUGGGGCGGCCACGACUCCCUCCAGAAAUCCCACCAGCUAGCCACCGAUAUCUUCUCCUGGUUCUCUCAAUCCAAUGCAUCGCUUUACGUGGAAGAUUUAGAGAACUUGCUGCAUGAAAGAAUGCUAUUCUCUUUCAACACGGAGAUCGAGGAUGGUAGCAUUGAAGAGGUGGCAGAACAGUUGAUGAUUAUGCAUGAAGAGUACCCCAUGGAAAUCAUUUGUCAUCUAAAGGGAACCCAACUCUGAAUCCUCAAAGCAGACAGGUAUUAGAGUAAUUAACGGCCAUCAGCCUAAAACAUUUGAG